ACUAAUCUACUGUCACUGAGCAACAUCGCUUCUCUCUCUACCUCUCUUUCUCUCUCUACGAUGCAAAGACAGUCUCUCGGCUCUCCAGUCUCCAAGCUCCACGGCCAUUGCGGCGGAGCGAUGGCAGAUGCAAUCGUAGUCGAGGACCAAAAGCGCAGCAAGCACGCUUCAUCUUUUUCCACCAGUGCCGACUACGGCGGACAAGACGACGAUAAAGUCUCUAAGUCCUACCGAUUCUCGUUUCCAUCGCCUUCUCCUCCGCGGCAGGAGAAGUUCGUUCACGCCAUUCCUAUCCUCACCAUUAUCUGCUUCCUCAUCCUUUACCUCUGCUCGCACAGUCCUUCGCAGUCAGAUUUGGCUCAGUUUCAUGGAUUCAAGCGUCCUUCAGAGCGUAUAGCAGAAAUCAAAGCCGAUGUUAGCCGACUAAUUGAACCGAAGGAAGGCAACAUUCUGGCGAUUCAAAGCCUCCGUAACCUAAAAGAGAUUGAAAAAUCAUAUCCUCCUAAAUCUCGCCCUCCAAGGAAAGUCGCCGAUUUCUAAACUCCGCAUUCUCCGAUUUCCUUCCGCCGCCUGACCUUCCGGUUAAAUCAAUCUCACCGCCCUAGUUUUUGCCGUACGGCUCCACUCGCCGGCGCGUAUGCCACCCGUGACUAUAUUUUUUUUAAGCUCCUGUACAUCAAUUACUCCGUCAGAUUAAUUUGUUUUUUACUUCUUUUUGCUUUUCCAAUUUUUACUUCUGUAACUUCUGACGAUAUUAUCAAUUUAAUCUAAACACAGAGAACGAGUUAAGUAUCAGUUUGUCAGGAAUCAAAACCGCCGAUCGACGCCGCGUGUUCGCCGGAGAUGAAAUCUGUGAACUGCCGGCUCGGCGGAGAUGGAAAUGGAAUCCAGCUGGCAUAUUUGUGCCGUUAAUUUUUCCGUUUUCCGAAACUAACCGUUACAGCAUAGGGAGGAGGGCCUAGAUGCCAGCUGGAAAACGCUGUAGUCGCCGACGGUAUCUGGUUCUUUCUGUCAAUUGUUUACCGUUAGGCCCCCCAUCUCUAUCCUAUUUACUUUUCGCGGCAGAUACCGUUUAAUUUAAUCUCACAGCCGAGUGCACAAAUGUUUUCGUGCUA